AUGUAGACUACUACACACUGCACCAGUGCACAGCCUUAACCCGCCUAUCUUAUACGAUUCGCACCGGUGCUGUCCACUUGUUCCACUCGACUACUGCCCGCACCUGUUGAUGUUGUCUCGGUGCCCCUAAAAAAAGCACCAGCUUGCCUUCAUCUGGAUGCUCGUGGCCCUAAGAGCAUCCUUCUCCUGGUAGACCUAAUAAGGCUGUCUCUUCUACUGAGACCGUUCUGACGCGCGGUGUUGGCAGCCAUUCCGUGAGCUUACGACGAGUUCUCGAAUUCACAGCAAGUCCUCUUUCUCAGCGUUAUCCUCUCAUAGCUCCUAUCGACCUUGGAUGGUAGAUAGUUGAAAUGAAAAUUUGUCCCAUGGUCUAGCUAUCUACAUCUGUCUAUCUGAGUUUGCUGCGUGUCGUUUAAUAUCCCCUUUUGAUUACGAUCAUGGCUUCCAACGAUCUAAAUACCGUCCAAGAUCCCCCGCAAUGGAACAGCGAGCCCAUGUUCCAGCUGCCUUCAUGGGGCGAGCCGCUGAUUGUGUUUUCCAUCCUCGUGGCGUCUAUGAUUGUUACACGGCGAAAAGGAUUCCGGAUUCUGGGCAAGAAAAAAACGUCUUAUGACUCUCUCCUCGACGAACCUACUUCACCUCACUCGUCAGACGAGCUGCUAUGCUACGAUGCGGACAGCGACGAGGGCCUGCUGGGAAUCUCCAAGCACUACCCGAAGCGAAGGCGCUGUUGCGGAACGGUCGUUCGGACUCCCAAUACGUCGCGUUUCGCCAGUAACAUCCAUAGUCGCAUCUUGAUGAAAUUCCCUUUUCUGAUAGAGAUGUUCUACUGGAUCAUUACCUACAUUUUCUAUCGCCUGACCAAGAUCGUGUCGACCAAGAUCUUCUCCAAGAUCGGAAUCUGGGAUGUAGCUAUGGAGAACGGCGUGCGAUUACUGGAGAUAGAAGAAGAGAGCUGGUUGAGGAUUUUCUUUCCUUUAACAGAGCAUAAUGUUCAGGCCUGGUUCAUGAACGGUCAUCAAGUCCUGCUGACCGUCCUCAACCGAUUCUAUGCUCUCGUUCAUAUCCCUGGCACCGUUGGGUUCAUCGCAUGGUACUACUACGUGGCCCCCUCUCAUAAUACCUUCGCGACGGCUCGUCGAACAUUGACUCUGACGAAUCUUUUUGCCUUCGUCACAUUUACAUUCUAUCCCUGUAUGCCACCUCGACUCCUCCCAAAGGAAUACGGAUUCCUGGAUACUGUGCGCCACGACAAUGCUCAGAGCAUAUGGAUGAGCGGCGACUACGUGAACUCUUUAGCUGCCAUGCCCAGCAUGCACUUCGGCUACAGCUUCGUGAUCGGCUGUGUUCUCCUCUAUCACUCAGGCAUAUUCCGCCGCACUCUGGAGAAAGGCGAGACCAGGAUGUCUCGAGCUUGGCAGAUAUGGUAUCUGUUCCUCGCUGUCGCAUACCCACUGUCCAUCCUCAUCACAAUCGUUGCCACCGCAAACCACUACUGGCUUGAUGCGGUCGUCGCAGUCUUCGUUGCAUUUUUGGCGUUUCUGUGUAAUAAGAUAUUCAUUGCAUUGCUACCGCUGGAAGACCUUUUGUUGUGGGCACUCAGGCUUGAGAAGCCAACUCCUUCCACGGGGGAACGGUACCGGAAUGAGCGAAUGUGAAUAGAAUAGUUGGUCAUUACACACGAUUAGAUACCUAUAUAUGUUUGUGGUUUUAUUUUAUGACAGAUGGAAACGUUAAAAUCAAUACUUUAUAUAAAUUGGC